UACCAUGGAUCAAAUCAAGGCUCAAGGAAAGCAUCAGGACAGGCACCAUUGCUCACUCCUGGAGAUAAGAUUGCUACACCUUUUAGGAGCUCGGCGAGCGUAAUUUUAGUCAGGAAUAGCCUGCUUAAAUGGAUUAAAAGAGGGCAGCAGUUGGUGCCUGACAGCGCCCGGUGGGUGGCCUUCAUUGGAUGAUUAGUGGAAAACUAGAAAGGUCUUCAGGAUCAACAGGAAGUGGGCCUGGACCUAAAGCUUCAUAGACGGGUAUUGAGUGCUUUGUAGGUGGCACUGAAGAAGGUGAUUCCUUUUACCCUGGAGAUGUAGAGGAUUUGUGCCAUAGGAGAGUUAAUUUGCUCGUUUAAAUAUAGCAGCAGGUCAGACUGGUAAUGUCUAAAGCAAGUAUUGGCAUGUGUUAGCUGGAUAAGGUAAUGUUGAAUGAGGACAGUUUACAGGAUCUUAUAGCAGGCGGCAAUUGAUAAAGUUUUAAUUUUAGAAGUCUGGUUUUCCCUUUUGUCCGAUGGGAUGGACGUUUACAGGUAAAGCUCAAUUUUAGGGGGAUGUUUUUAACGAACACCUGAUAUCCGUUACUUUAAAGAGAAGCAGCUCUUUGAAGAUGUUUCUAUACUGGAAGAGGCGAGGGGAAUAUGAGCUGGAGGCUUUGAUGCCUCCCAUCAGACAAAUGACAACGGAGCGCUACUCGUGGUCGUCAUCGCUGGAUGUCAUCUAUGAUCUGUCUGAUGAUAAGCCAGUCCAGGAGGAAGACUGGGUGGUGUGCCAGCACCCUGAGUGUCCAGACCACCGGAGGGCCUCCAAGGUUUGCCACCACCCAGACUGCCAGGACCUGAACAGCAAAAAUCCUCUUCAUCUGUGUGAGUCAUGUGACUCACGAUGCCAUCCAGAGACCGCCGACAACAUGCACUUUGACCGACACCCACGAUUCGACCUGCAACCUCAAGCUUCCAUCCUGGCUCGGAACGUGUCCACGCGCUCCUGUCCCCCACGCACCAGCCCCCCCUCAGAUCUGGAGGAAGAGGAUGAGGGGAGCAAUGACCGCGGAGAACGUAAAACGGUGGGGAUGAAGUUGGGAAAGAAGAAGCCAAGGAGACGACACACUGAUGAUCCCAGCAAGGAGUGCUUCAGCCUCAAGUUUGACCUCAACGUUGACAUCAACACUGAAAUCGUACCUGCUAUGAAAAAGAAAACACUGAGAGAGGUUUUAGGUCCGGUGUUUGAGAGGAACGGCAUCGAGCUGUCUCGGGUCGACCUGUUCCUGGAUCAGUCCAAUACUCCGCUGUCCCUCCACUUCGAGGCUUAUCGCUUUGGAGGACACUACCUCAAAGUGAAAGCGCGUCCCGGUGAUGAGGUGAAGGUGGCGCAGGGUGUGAAAGACUUCCGAUCCCACAGCCUGCCCAUCAUGAAGCCCCCUGACGGUCAGAGCCCCUACAUCCUCACCCCGACCAAAGAGAAGGUGGCGCAUGAAUCUCUGGGACGCCGGGAGAGCAUCGAUCUGUUGGGUCAGUCGCGGCGGAGGAAGAACAUAACAGAGUUCCUGGGGGAGACCAACAUUCCGAGCCCGGAUGCUCUGGGACAACUGGGCGGCUCUCUGCCCGCCGUCGGGGCAGGGCCGGACAGCUGGAAGAACCGUGCCGCCAGCCGCUUCAGCGGCCUGUUUGGCUCCAAUGCCGGAGCGGGGCCCUUUGGCAAGGAGCUGGACCGUCUUGAGCAGCUCCAGAGCAAGCUCCACUCCUACUCCUUAUUCGGGCUCCCCAAGGUGCCGCGGCAGCUUUCCUUCCACCAAGACUCCUGGGAGGAGGAAGAGGAGGAGGCCAACCUGGUCAUGGAGGACAGCUGGCAGACGCUGCUGGACAACUCUGAGGCGCUGACGAGGCGACAGUUCCACCAGCAGGAGGCGAUAUGGGAACUUCUGCACACAGAGGCCACCUAUAUAAAAAAGCUGCGAGUCAUCACUGAUCUGUUCCAGUCCGGCCUGCUCAACCUGCAGGAGAGCGGUCUGCUGACGGAGGUGGACCCCACCAAGCUGUUCAGCAACAUCCAGGAGAUCGUCCGGCUCCACACCUCCCUGUGGAACCAGGUCAUGCUGCCGGUUCUGAGGCAGGCCAGGGAGGCCCGGGCGCUGCUCGACCCCACCCACCUCCAUGACGGCUUCAGCACGUUUGAGUCGAGGUUCAAGCCGUACGUCCGUUACUGCAUGGAGGAGGAGGCCUGCAUGGAGUACAUGCGCACAAUUCUCAGGGACAACGACCUCUUCAGGACGUAUGUCACGUGGGCAGAGACCCAUAAGCAGUGUAACCGUCUGAAGCUGGCCGACAUGUUGGCGAAGCCUCAUCAGAGACUGACCAAAUACCCGCUCCUGCUGAAGAGCAUACUGAAGAAGACGGACGAGCAGCCGGCCCGAGACGCCGUGAACAGCAUGUUGGUCACGGUGGAGCGCUUCAUCAACAGCGUGGACUCCAAGAUGCGGCAGCGUCAGGAGGAGCAGAAGCUGGCCACCAUCUCUGCCCGGAUAGACUCCUACGAGGCUGUGGAGGGCAGCAGUGAAGAAGUGGAAAAGAUCCUGAAAGAGUACAACCACUUGGACCUAAUGUCUCCCAUGAGAGGGACGUCACCAGAGGAGACGAGACAGCUGCACCUGGAGGGAGCUCUGAGGAUGAAAGAGGGCAAGGACAGCAGGAUGGAGGUCUACUGCUUCCUGUUCACCGACCUGCUGCUCAUUACCAAACCGGUGAAACGAGUGGAAAAGGUUAAAAUUAUCAGGCAACCUCUCCUCAUCGACAAGGUCAUCUGUAAGGAGCUCAAAGAUCCCGGUUCUUUUAUCCUCAUCUACCUGAACGAGUUCAAGAGUGCAGUGGCAGCCUACACCUUCCAAGCCAACAGCGCCACCCAGGGGCGGAGCUGGAUCGAUGCAGUCUGCAACGUCCAGAACCAGCUGCAGAGGCUCCGCAGUGAGGAAGACCUCCGGCAGCAGGACAGUCAGAAGAAAUGCACAGCCGAGGAUGAGGAGGAAGAUGAGAGCAGCAACUCUACGACAAGCUCCCCGAUCCUUCGGCACAAAGAUGAGCAGAACUCCAGCCAAUCAGACGGCUCGACUGAGACCCUGUCUGUGAUGGACGUUGACGAGCCGGCUGAGCUCCCGCAGCGUCCCGCUUCCCGCGCACACGAGGAGGAGUCCUCUGGAAAAGACUCUGAGUCGGACGCGGCUCAUCUGUCGGACGGCCCCGGGCCUCAGCAGCCCGUCUACAGGGUCCAUCCCGGCGUUUACAUCGGACAGAUCCAGGAGGAGAGCGAGGAGCUGGACCCUCUGUACCGGUCCCUCUCCAUGGACAGCGCUUAUGGUACCCUCUCACCUGAAUCCCUCCUCCGAGAGCUGCAGCAACAGCCCGUCCAGAGUGGAGAGGAAGAGACGGAGGAAGUGGGAGAACAGGAGGCUGAGUUGGGUGAGCAGGAGAUCGAGGAGGAGGAGGAUGAGGAGGAAGAAGAAGAAGAGAAUGAGUCUGUGGGGUCCCAGCUCUCUGUGGUGCCGUCAUCCAAACCUCGCAGACGUCCUCCUGUCCAGUCCAGGAUCAAAUGCAUGCAGAGGCUCUCCUCUUUAACUUUGUCCCGCUCUGAAGACAACCUCCUCCAGCGGGUCCACGGCGAAGACGUCAUCUCCCACGCACACUCUCUCAGCUCCCAGUCCCAGUCCCAGGACCUGGACUGUGAGGACACGGACCCGUCCUCUCUGGCUCACAGUCAGAGUCUGUCGGAGCUGCGGCAGAACAGCCUCAACCGAUCGGAGGACUGCUUGAGCGUGAGCAUGCCCUCCGACAAGCUGAAGGCCAGCCUGAGCCGCGCCGAAGCCAUGAACAGUCGUAGGAUCUCCGCCGGGCUGGAUGAGCAGGAUGGGGAGACGGCGCCAUCUAGCGUCUCGGAUAGGAAAUGUAAGACGGAGGGAGACGGUAAUUCACCUAAAAAUAAAAAGAGGAAAACACCAGCCCAGCAGCACAAGAAGCUGACUCUGGCUCAGCUUUACAGGAUACGCACCACUCUGGUUCUGAACUCCACGCUGACGGCAUCGGAAGUAUAACGUCUCUUCCUAACGGCUGACCUGCAGCGCUUGGACAUUACAAGGAUUAACGCUUGUUUUGUGAGGAUGGACUGAUUUUCUACAGACACGGAUGCACUCUUGUCCCACUGCCCUCUCCCUUACAUUAGGACUCUUUUUUCCUUUUUUAUUUAUACAACAGCAAUUGUUUUGUUUGUUUUUUUUUACUUUAUGCUUCAUUGGUUUCUGAGUUCCUCCAGCAAAAAGGGAGGGGCAGAGAGACAUUAAUUGCCUGCACUUUGGAACAGAAGUAGCACUGGAGGGGUGGAACCUGCAGAGAGGAGACAUCCGGGCGGAGGUCCGACAACCUCAUCCCUGCGCUCCACGAAAGAGUCGUCGAACUCUGUUGUUGAAGAAAGCAACACAGAAUCUUGAAUACAUUUGUUUGCUAAGAAAAAAAAAUAAAUCUGAGGCUGAUCAGCUUCUAGAAAGCAGAUCCGACCAUUUUAUUUCAGUAAAAACACUAAAGAGCGAAAUAUUCAGCCAUGAAAUGAGCGUAGUCUUGACUGAACCUAAAUUGAUCUCCGUCUCCUCGUUAAAAUGCAAACACAGCCAAAGAGGGGAGGCCUAUCUAAGCCCCGCCCCCAAAAUAAAAUAAAAAAACAAACCAAAAAAAAAUUAAA